AUGUUCUUAACGUCAGGCUACCAUCGGCUAGUCAAUGGAAACUAUGCCACCGAUAUAAAUAAUCCUUCCAAACUUCUUUUCCAGAUAAUUUUGCUCCAAUGCUUUUAUUAUCUCACAGCAUUGGUGAUCUUUUAUCUUUUUGCAUCGUUGGAUGGGCUUGAGUUUUCCGUCGACUGGAUCUUUCUGUGGGAAAUUGUUUCGCUGGAAAACACCAUGGGACUCACCCUAUUUGUUCUUUGGCUUUUUGACUCGUUGUUGUGUGUGUUAUUUGUGACUUUGGUUGUUGGAAGGUCCAAGUUGGCAUGGGACUUUGCAUUGACCAUCCAUAUUAUCAACUUGAUCAUUGUUUGGGUUUACACCAAAGAAUUUCCUCAAAGCUUGCUCUGGUGGUGCUUACAGGUAUUGAGUGGUGUGGUGUUGAUUAGCUUGUCUACUUACAUGACACGAUGGAAGGAAUUGAGGACUACGUUUUUUGAUAAUAUGCUCGAACAACAGGAAUUGGGUCAAAUGCCGGGAGAAUCUAUAGAAAUGUCCAACAUCAAGUAA